AUGAAAAAAAUUAAAAAUUUGAUUUUUUCACAAAUCUAUAAACAAAUUUAUAAUAUUAUUGAAAACAUUAUAAUGAUUAUAACAUUGAUUUUUUUUUUUUUUUUAAUAAAAAAAAAUUUUAAAUACCAUUACAACACUAAUGUUGAAUAUAAUAAUUUCUUUGAAUAA